AUUUAAACGGGCUUACUGGGUUGGGCCGUAUAUAAAGUGCUUUUAAAACCUAGUAAAAACCCUCUCACUUUUCUUCUUCGGCGUUGUGAAGGAGAAGAAUCAUCAUCUUCAUCCUCAGGUAAGCCAUGGUUAAGCAUAAUAAUGUGAUCCCUAAUGCGCACUUUAGGAAGGAUUGGCAAAACUAUGUCAAGACGUGGUUCAAUCAGCCUGCUCGCAAGACAAGAAGACGGUUAGCUCGCCAGAAGAAGGCCGUUAAGAUUUUCCCUAAGCCUACUGCUGGACCUCUUAGACCUGUUGUUCAUGGUCAGACAGUGAAAUACAACAUGAAACUCAGAGCUGGGAAAGGGUUUUCUCUCGAAGAGUUGAAGGCUGCUAAUAUUCCAAAAAAGCUUGCUCCAACUAUUGGCAUUGCUGUUGAUCAUCGCCGCAAAAACCGUUCUUUGGAAAGUCUGCAAGCUAAUGUGCAGAGGUUGAAAACAUAUAAGGCCAAAUUAGUUGUGUUCCCAAGGCGGGACCGUAAGGUCAAGGCUGGUGAUUCUAGUCCCGAGGAACGCGCAAAUGCCACACAAGUUCAGGGUCCAUUCUUGCCCAUUGUGAGGGAACAGCCAUCUGUCGAACUUGUUAAGAUUACUGAUGAAAUGAAGGCAUUCAAAGCAUAUUAUAAGCUUCGUCUUGAACGCACUAAUCAACGCCAUUUUGGUGCCCGACUAAAGAGAGCUGCUGAAGCAGAAAAGGAAGACAAAAAAUAGUGACCUCAAGAAGUUUGUUUGUAACCCAAAAAUUUGGUGUUACAAAACAUUUUUGUUUGGGAUUCUUUACCCGUAGAUUUAUAUAGAGCAUGUUUAGUAACACCACCCUCUUGAGCAUUAUUGGGUGAAGUAAUCUAUUGGUUGAAUUAGCACAUUGUGUGUUGCAGUUUUGGGAUUAUUUCUGAUGUCAUAUUGCCAUGCUUUUCACAUAUUCAA